AGAGAGAGAGAGAGAGAGAGAGUGUGGCGAUCGUUCAUCAUUGCUCUGCUGAAGCCGAGCUGGAUACCGUACGGACUAUUCUCCCACCGUUCAUUCGGCGAUGUCUGCAUGCUGCCGCUCGAUCCCAGCCGAUCAUCUCCCGAUCCCGUCUCCUGACCGAAUCGAGAGGUGCUGUCCCAGCUCCGUCUAUCCUCCUCUAGCGAGUUCCGGAAUCUCUCAGCGGCGAAUCGUUCUGAAAUCCGGACGGGAGUACGGUAGGCGGUUAUGGGUCGGGGAAUCGCUGCAGAGUCGAGGGGUUUUCCUCAGAUCCCAAUCAGACGAGGGCAGAUUAAGGAGAUUUUCAGUGCGUUUCAGCGCCCUCGAAGAGAGGAUCGGAGAGGAAAAGCGCAGUGGCGGGAGGAGGAAGACGGAGGUGAUUGUCGCGGCCUGUGUAACGGUUGUCUUGGGGGUAGGAAAUAGGGUCCUCUAUAAGCUGGCUCUCGUCCCCCUCAAGCAGUACCCUUUCUUCCUGGCGCAGCUUGCCACUUUCGGAUAUGUGGUGGUAUACUUCUCUAUUCUGUAUUUCCGCUAUCAUGCUGGCAUUGUUACGGAUGAGAUGCUUUCCUUGCCGAAGACUUGGUAUCUCGCUGUUGGUCUCUUAGAGGCUCUUGGUGCAGCAUCAGGAAUGGCAGCUGGAGCCAUUCUCUCUGGGGCAUCAAUUCCAAUAUUAUCUCAGACCUUUCUUGUGUGGCAACUUCUCUUAUCAGUUAUUUUCCUUAGGAGGCGGUAUAGAGUCAAUCAAUUACUUGGAUGCUUUCUUGUUGCAGUUGGUGUAAUAAUAACUGUUGCAAGUGGACCCAGUGCUGGUGCUUCAAUGAAAGAAGCUGGAAUUUUUUGGACACUUUUGAUGAUUACUUCAUUUAUGUUUCAAGCUGCUGAUACAGUGUUGAAGGAAAUAAUAUUCCUGGAUGCUGCCCGACAAUUAAAGGGAGGAUCAGUCGAUCUUUUUGUUGUUAACUCCUAUGGGUCUGCUUUCCAAGCACUGUUUAUAUUCCUUCUACUCCCUUUUCUAUCCAAGUUAUGGGGCAUUCCAUUCAAUCAACUGCCUACAUACCUUAAAGAUGGAGCAGCCUGCUUUCUAAAUAUAGGAUCUUUAUCCAGUGGUUGUGAUGGAGCACCUUUGCUGCCUGUAUUGUUUGUAAUGGUUAACAUGGCCUUUAACAUAUCUCUAUUACACCUCCUCGAGAUCUCUUCAGCUGUGGUGUCAUGCCUUGCCUCUACUUUCUCAGUUCCCCUCUCUGUAUACGCUUUCACCCUCCCCCUUCCAUACAUUGGCGUCGCAUCCUCCCUACCUCCAGGCUUCGUAGGUGGUGUCAUUGUGCUCUUUGUUGGGCUGCUCGUGUACUGUUGGACGCCCCCAGUUAGGACCACCCCGGCAUUUGACUAAUAUAACAUCGUCAGCAAUCGAUGACCAAGAAAAAACCAAAACAAACUGCCAAUGUUUUGUUUCGGCAGAGUUUGUUUUGCCCAAUAUAUAAUUGUUGUGACUUUCAAAUAAGAGAGAGGUUUCACCUCUAGUGCAGAGAAAGCAAUUGUAAACACAAGGGUCUGGAGUCCCUCCACUUAAUGACAGGGCAAGAAAGAAGAAGGGAUUUUCCCAUGUAAAAACAUAUAACAGAUUUCCCUGGAAAUUAAAACCUUUCCUUUCC